CUGUGACAUCCGUGUAUCUUCGACCUUCACCAUGACAGACACGCGUCAGUUCGGUGAUCUUGCCACCCAGCUCAUCGUGGAAUCUCGUAGAUCGACCCUAACAGACACUCUUCUCAAGUACAAUGACAAUCUUGUCCGAUCCAUCAUCCGGGAACAACGCGAUCUCGAAAAAAUGACCGAAACCAAUCAGAACGUCACUCCAGCGAUGCUCAUAUAUCAAACAACCAUCGUACGAAACAAGAGAUGUCUCCUAGCAUAUCACAAGCACCGUCUGGAUAGGCUGCGCGAUAUGUAUUGGACCUCUGGAGGCGCUUUACCACACAUCCUGAGCAAUCAGGAUAUUCGCGGCAAACUCUCUCCUCAUGAAGUCGACUUCCUUCGCCAGUACAGCACGUCUGUGAUGGAUUAUCGUGCUGGUUUUUCCAACGAGCUCGAUAUCACAGCCAGUAUCACCCAUCCGCCCAAAGACUUGCACGUGCUAGUUCACGUUAUCAGGGAUUGUGGGAUCAUACAGACAGAGCUUGGGACCAUCGAUUUUCAGAAGGGGCAGAGAUUCAUGGUUAGGAGGGCUGAUAUCGAACACCUCAUUGUGCAAGGUUAUCUCGAGGAGGUUUGAUAGAAACACGUGGCGGUGUUUAUUCCUGAUGCUGCCAAACAACUCGGCACUUUGUCGAAUGCGUCUACGCGUUGCAUCAAGUACCUCCACCAUGAUGCGGCAUGGUCUCCACAAUUGCUCGAAAUUAUUGUCAAGUUCACUGAUCUCACAAAAUCGCUUUCCUUCAUUUCCUAAAUAUCUGUCUACACAUUCACGACGGUUGUCAACCGCAACUCCUAAGGCUUCUCCGUCCCUUGCCGUCCAACCAACAAACGAGCGCUAUGAUCUCUUCUUUUCUGAGGGCCCUAGUCCUCCCAUGUUUACGCCAAAUAAAGGAGGAUACGGCGGUUCUGAAGAUAU